AUGACUGGUCCCUGUCCGGCCUGCUGGCCAGCCUUGCUCCUGGGACUGCUGUCGCCCUGGCUGGCGGGCCGCUGCAUGCCCGUCUUCGCUCAGCAGCACAACGAGACCCUGGAGUGGCGCUGGGAGACUCUUUUCCUCGCGCUCCAUGGCCAGGCUGCCUGCCGGGGAGAGGAAUUUGCUCAGCCGGGACGGGACUAUCUGCUGGGCAUCAAGAGGCUGCGGCGCCUCUAUUGCAACGUCGGCAUCGGCUUUCACAUCCAGGUCCUGCCGGACAGCCGGAUCAACGGGAUCCACGACGAAAACCGAUACAGUUUGCUGGAAAUCUCUCCAGUGGAACGAGGAGUGGUUAGCCUUUUUGGUGUUAAAAGUGGACUUUUUGUAGCAAUGAACAGCAAAGGCAAACUCUAUGGAUCUAGCCAUUUUGGUGAUGAGUGUAAAUUCAAAGAUCUGCUGCCAAACAACUACAACGCCUAUGAGUCCCAGACCUAUCCUGGGAUGUACAUGGCCCUGAGCAAAAAUGGAAGAACCAAGAAAGGCAACAAAGUGUCUCCCACCAUGACAGUGACACAUUUUCUUCCGGAUUUGAGAACUAUCACUUCAGAGCUACCUCAGGGCAGAAGGAAAAGGCAAGGCCCAAUUGGGAGAAUGGAAGAGGGAGGGGUGAAAUCUAUGGUGCACUUUUUCUUUGAGAGUUUUAUGCAAGAGUAG